AACAAAGUGGCAGCGCCGCUCUGUGUUAUAACAUUCGUCUCGCUGCCAACUUCACGCAGGAUCUUCAACAGCUCGCAGGAUGAUGAUGCAACGUACUACGCUCUUGUUGCCUCUGGCUAUUGAAGCCACCAUUGUGGCCCAACAGCAACGUGGCAUGGCUACAUUGAAGACUAUCUCCAUGCGCCUCAAAUCCGUGAAGAAUAUUCAGAAAAUUACGCAAUCAAUGAAGAUGGUGUCCGCCGCAAAAUACACCCGUGCCGAGCGUGAAUUGAAGGCAGCGCGUCCCUAUGGCGUUGGUGCUCAACAAUUCUUCGAUAAGAGUGAAAUGCAGGCCGACGGUGCCGCAGAGCCCAAGAAGCUCCUCAUCGCCGUGACAUCGGACCGUGGUCUAUGCGGUGCCGUCCACACCGGCGUUGCACGUCAGAUCCGUGGUGAGCUGCAAAAGGAUGAUGUUAACACCAAGGUGUUCUGCGUCGGUGACAAGUCGCGCGCCAUCCUCUCGCGUCUGUAUGGCAAGAACAUCCUGAUGGUGGCCAGUGAUUUGGGCCGUGUGCCACCUACCUUCCUGGAUGCAUCCAAGAUUGCGCAUGAAGUCUUUUCGUCCGGUUACGAAUACACCGAGGGCAAGAUCUUCUACAACAGAUUCAAGUCUGUGGUGUCGUACCAGGUCACUUCAUUGCCCAUCUUCAGUGGCCCCACUGUGGAGAAGUCGGAGAAAUUGUCCGUUUACGACUCCAUUGACAGCGAUGUCAUCAAGAGCUAUCUGGAAUUCUCUCUGGCUUCGCUGAUCUUCUACACAAUGAAGGAGGGCGCUUGCUCCGAGCAAUCUUCCCGCAUGACUGCCAUGGACAAUGCCUCAAAGAACGCCGGUGAGAUGAUUGAGAAACUGACACUCACAUUCAACCGCACCCGACAGGCUGUCAUUACCCGUGAGCUGAUUGAAAUCAUCUCUGGCGCCGCUGCCUUGGAAUAAGAAGUUUACUGCUCACACUCCAGUUAGAGCCGCAGCUUCAAAACCCACGAUUUCUUCAAAUCUAACUACAAUUACGAUUCGAUAACGCCUGAGCUGCGUAUUUAAAUAAUAUAAAAGUUAUAAUUAUCUGAUAUAAACCCAGAAUAAAUAACGUGAAACGAA